AUGGAUGGUCAGGGUCAGGGUCCGAGUUGGGGAGAACCAUCAUCAUCAACACCAGCACCAGCAUCAGCGUCAACAAUUCAAAUUCAAAAUCAAUGGAGAGAGAUUCAAGAUUUACUCAAACAGAGGUUGAUAACAGAGGAUGAUUUCCCGUGGAAACUGCCCACACCCACCAGUAGCGAAGAAGCAUUAUUGAAGUAUGUGGGUGGAGUUGAUGUAAGCUAUUCCAAGGAAUUGGACUCAGCAGCAGCAUGUGGAUGUGGGAGCCUUGUUGUUUUGGAUCUCACCACUCUCCAAGUUGUCUACCAAGAUUUUUCUAUCCUCACUGAUUUUCAUGUCCCUUAUAUUCCUGCCUUUCUCGCCUUCCGGGAGGCUCCAAUACUUCUACAGCUCUUACAGAAGAUGAAAAACACUGACAAUCCUUUCUACCCCCAGUUGCUGCUUGUUGACGGCAAUGGUUUGCUUCAUCCCCGAGGCAAGCUUUGCUUUCUCCCUUUUUCCAUCGAAUCUUCAUUUCUUCGUAUGCGUUGCAUUACGUAUAGCUACCUUUCUUUUACAGGUUUUGGCUUGGCUUGCCAUCUUGGUGUUCUAGCUAAUAUCCCCACCAUUGGCAUUGGAAAGAAUCUGCAUCAUGUCGAUGGUCUCACACAAUCUGGAGUGAGACAGCUUCUUCAGACCAAAGAUAACAGUGUUGAAGAUUUUGUUGCUUUGAAGGGAUCCUCUGGCUGCAUAUGGGGAGCGGCAAUGACAUCAACCAAGGGCUCAUUGAAGCCCAUAUAUAUUUCAGUUGGUCACCGUGUGUCUCUUGAUACUGCCAUCAAAAUUGUGAAAAUGAGUUGCAAGUAUCGUGUGCCAGAGCCUAUCCGGCAGUUGCAUCAUGUGGAUGGUCUCACACAAUCUGGAGUGACAGAACUUAUUCAAGCCAAAGAAAUUAGUGCUGUGGAUGGUGAUUUGUCAUGCAGCACGUGUUGUAGCUCAGCUCCUGCAGUGUCUGUGCACUUGGACAACAUGUAUUCCUCUCACCUGAUGCCUCAGGUUUGGCAUUGCUCUCCAUCCCAGCACCUACGUGGCCUUCAUCUUGACUUUCACUUCAAUUACUCUUGCUUACAAUGCCUCAGGCUCAGCAUCGACCACCAGGAUACCGCCGGUCGUACAGCCCCUGGGCUUACACCAGAGUGA